UCAAUAGAAGUUAAAGUGAGUGAAAAGAGACCAAGGGGAUAGAUAAGCCGGAAAAUCCAACAUCAGCAUACCUCUCGUUGCUAUCUCAUUCCCCCUCCAUUUUCACCCCUUCAAUCUUUCUCUCUCAUCAACAACAAUGGAAACCACCCUUUUCCUCUCGAAACCCCUACCCCCUACUAAACUCUCUCACUCUCUCACCUCUUCAUUCCCAAACCCUCACAAACUCGCCUUCUUCCCCACCACCCAUAAAAAACCCACAUCAAAUUUCACCAUAAAAGCCGCAAUCAGCCGCACAAAGAAGGAAGAAACAGUGGAAACAGUUAAAAGCCACCUAGAAAACUGCUACCUAGUUGCAGCAAUCAACUACAAAGGUUUCACUGUAAAACAGUUCCAAGAACUAAGGAAAGCACUCCCAGAAACAACAAAACUAGUGGUUGCAAAAAACACACUAGUUGAAAAAGCAGUUGAAAACACACAAUGGGAAGCCAUAAAACCUUGCAUGAAAGGUAUGAAUGCAUGGUUAUUUGUUCAUACUGAGGAAAUCCCAGGUGCAUUAAAACCUUAUAGAACAUUUCAGAAGGAAAAGAAGCUUGAAGAUAAUGACUUUACUGGUGCUUGUUUUGAGGGUAAAUUUUAUGGGCCUGAAGAUUUUAAAGGUUUGGAGACAAUGCCGUCUAGAGCUGAUGUUUAUGCCAAAUUGUUGGGUUCUCUGAAGACCCCUGGAAUCGCUCUCGUCGGUACGCUUCAGGCGCCGGCCAGAGAUUUGGUUUUAGUUUUGAAGGCGUAUAUUAAUAAAUUGGAGGAGGAGCAGCAGCAAGGAUAAAAGUAUGAGAUGUUUUAAUGUGUUUUUUGUUUGUUUUUGUUUUGUGUAUUUGAUGUUGGGAAUGUGUUUUGGGUGUUGUUGCUACUUGCUAGUGGAGAUAUGUAGAGGUGGGAAUUGGGAAAUCAUUAAAUGUAUCAUGAAAUCAAAUUGUUUUUGGCUAUGAUCAAGUGUCGGUUUCCUUGUUAGUA